UUAACAAUAUUUUUUUUUUUCCUGCUAAGGAGAGCUCUGGAAGCUCCGAGAAGUCCCUGAUCAGAGAGCCAGCUGAGAGAGAUUGAGCCUGUUCGGUUUUGUCCGUGAUUGUCUUUGAACCUUGACUCGGAAUUUUCACUUUGCCGGAAAGUUUUGAUUUUCCACGAAAAUCUUGGUUUUCAGGAAGCUGAUUUUGGAGAUAGAAAUUUCACUAGAAGCAUGACCUCACACCAAUCAACUGCAUGUGACUGGGGUGGGGGAUAGAGCAUCUAGAGGAAUGUCAGACAUUUACAUGUGUGAGCUUGAAGAUAAUUUGUGGGAUGACUUUGGUGGGAGUGACGAUCAUAUAGUGCCUCAUCCUAGUGAUGAAUGCGGAGAUCGAUUUGCAGUACAGAGUGAUGGCUGUAAGAAUCCACGACGUGAAGUAAUUGGUUUUACAAGUAAUGCUCCUAAUGCAACUAAACUCGGUAUUCGGGGAAAGGAGAAAAAGGAUUUACCAAUUUUGACCAAGAAAGACGCAAUGUUGGAUAAGGGUCCAUGGUCUCAAACACCUAAUGGUGUUUUUCCUUCUUCACGUGAUAGUGACUCUCUUAAAGACAUGGCAAGUAUUGAAUCUGAUGAUACAAGGAUGCCCAGCCAUUGUUUCAAAAAUGGGAAAAUAGAUUCAGCUGGCAGUGAGUUUUGUGCUGAUGAUCCUAUCUUGGAUGACAAGUGUGCUGCAGUUGAUAAUAACUUGUACCGUUAUACACUCAGUAACAUAUCCCAAACACAAAAUGAUCUCAGCUUUUUGGACAAUGAUCGUGAAGAAAAAGAAAGUAAUGAUCUCUUAUCCUAUUGGUGGCCGAAUAUAGAAAAUUUUGAGGAUGUUGACAGGAUGUUUAGAAGUUGUGAUUCAAGUUUUGGACUCGGGUCUCUUAGUAAUGAAGACGAGUUGUGCUGGUUCUCACCUUCAAAUGCUAAUGAAGUAUCUGAAGACGCAUUGAAGUCCGACAAGAAGUUUUCAGGUCAUGAGGCAAGUGCAUUGAAAAGUAUACAACAACGUCAUGAAGUUUCUGGGCCAAACAAUGCCUGUCUUCCAAUCAAUGAUUCCAACAAGAAAAGUGUCCCCAUCGGCAAUCAAAUGAAUUCUCAGACUUCAGAUAUUGAUGACCCUGCUGCUCUUGGUCGGUUAUCAUUUGUGAAUGGGUCAGAUACGAAAAUUGAGAGUAGGAAUGACCUAACGCCCAAAGAACAGAUCAAUAUACAUAGAAAGCAGUCAAAGAACCAGAAUCGAAUGGAAAGAAAAAGAAAAGACCGAUAUUUAGAGAAUGGUGGUUCUUUUAACUAUUGUGGUAAACUUGUAGAUCCAAAGCAUCACUAUGGGGACUCAUCAUGUGAUGUUUUUUCCUCCAUAGGAAUUCAUCAACAUAAACAAAACACAGGACCUGAUACCUUGAGUUACAUGCAGACCCAGAUACCCUGCAUGCUCCUGGACUAUAGUCAUCCUUCAGAUCAAAUUUCAGUUUGUCCUACUCCAUCAGGUAACAAAGCUGAGAACAAUGGCCUUAUAUCUCCCUCUCCUAAUGACUCUUCCUACACAUCAAAUCGAGUCCAGUCCAGAGAGAGCUCUCAUGGUCCUUCAUUUGAGGUUCCGGCAGAAACAACUAAUGAAACAAGCAAAAAGCUGUGCCAGGAUUUACAACCUCCAGUUACUAGGAACUUUAAACAAGUAAAUAUGUCUACUCCAAUGGCAUUUUGUCGUCCAGUUUCAGCUCAGAAGCAAGUGCAGCACUCUGAAAUUGACUUUGAAGCUCAUAGUGAAGUCGAAGGAGUUAGUGUAGGAAUUCCAACAGAAUUAGAUUCUUCAAACGUACAGGAGAGCACUUGCAUGAGCUCUGUGCCGGAUGAAAUCUCACUAGAAGCAACUAAUUUUUGCCAGCUUCAGCAAGUAAUGGAACAGUUGGAUAUCAGGACAAAAAUGUGUAUAAGGGAUAGUCUAUACCGCUUGGCUAGGAGUGCUGAACAAAGGCAUAAUUGUGCAAAUCUGAUUAGUGGCAAUGGAGAUGACAGAGAUGCAAGUAGAGCACUAAUGGUUCAAGAAACAAACAAGUGCACUGGAUUUGUGGAUGUGGAAACUGGUACAAAUCCCAUAGAUCGCUCUAUAGCACACCUACUGUUUCACAGGCCCUCAGAUGCAUCUGUAAUGCCUGCUAACAAUGCAUUCUCUCCCAAGUCUCAUGCCUUGAUUAAUGGGUCUGUUACUAGCCCCUCGGCGAUGGCUGAGACACAGGUUUUCCAGGAAGAUACAAUUGCCAGUGCAGAUAAAAAGAGGGUGAUGACAGACAACAAAUAAAAUGGUCAGCACCAGCACCAUUAUCGUGAAAUAUGUUUAUUUUUGAAAAUGAUUACAAAUCAAUAUGUAUAAUCACAUUUGGGGCCCAACAUAGAUUCCAGAUUUGAUUCCAUCGUUUUGAAUCUCAUUUGCUAGAUGGCCUUUCUUUUUCUAUGUUGGUGUAUAUCCUUGUUGUAGCAUUCAUCAUAAUAAUUAAUAAGCUAUUUAUCCCCUCA